GAGAGGCAUAAAUCAUCAUAAUCAUGGCAGCUGCAUGAGCAGAGAAAAGAAGCUACUCCGGCCAGUUUGCAAAUUUGGCUAGCUAGCUUGUCCAAUCCUAAAGUCAUGAGAGCAGUGUGUGUGGCUUUGCUCGUGGAGCGAGGCAAGCAUAUCUUCAUUACUACUACUAGUGUAUCUAGCUUGCUCUUGUUGGAUCGAUAUAAAAUGGGAUCGGAUGCUGCCAGCUGAUGUGAAGUGAAUUGAGCAAGAUUGCAAGGGCAAGCAGCUAUAUAUGGCGAGCGAGCAAGGCCAAGGUGAGCAGACAUCAUCAAUGGCGGGCGCGGGCAAGGGCAAGGGCGAGGUCGAGGGCAUGGAGCAGAAGCUGGAGAAGCUGAUGUCGGCGUUUCACGACCAUCAGGAAGGCAACAAGGCGGUGAGGCAUCAGAAGGAGCUGGAGGAGCUCUUCAGCUUCCUCAGGGAGCACGAGGCCGCCUUCUCGCAGCUUCCAGGGGACAAGAAGGACGACCUCGACGCCCUCCUCCGCAACAUCGAGGGCGUCCUUGAGCUGUGCAAGAAUCAGGAGGAGAAGAAGAAGAAGACGACGAACAAGAUGGGCGACUGCAUCCCCUUCAAGUCGUCGUCCAGGCCGCCUGCUGACCACACGUCGUCGACGUCGGUGGUGGCGCCGUUGCUGAUGCAGGCCAGGGACAUUCUCGGCGACUCAUCAUCAUCUGCUCCUGCAGCUGCAGGGCCUAAUAAGAAGGAGGUGCUGUACGAGUGGACGACGAGCUACGUCGACGAGAAGAGGCUAUACGGGUGGGACGACGAGGCCACGGAGGUGGCGGACGCCCUCGCCGGCCCCGAGGAAGACGACGACGAGCUGUUCAGGGCGGCGGGCAUCUUCGGCAUCCACGGAAGCGGCAAGACGGCGCUGGCCCAGAAGGUGUUCGUCCACGACCGCAUCAAGGACACCUUCCUGCUCCGCCUCUGGGUGUGCGUCGGCCCGACGCCGCCGGACGAUGACAAGCAACAGCAGUACGAGGUGAAGUUUAGCCUCCUCUACCGCAUGCUCGACAACCUCGGCCUCGACACCUAUAAGGUGGAGGAAGUCGUCAACGGCUCGGAAGCCGUCAAGAAGCACAGCGGCGACAGCGACGCCGCCAAGGAGUCCAAGAUCGGCGUGCUGCUCUUCAUCCUGCACGUGGCGCUGGCCAAGACCUCCUACCUCAUCGUGUUGGACGACAUCCGGGCGUACGACCCCUGGUACACCAACCUGGCGCUGCCGCCGCCGCCCCACGGCGAGUGGAGCGACCGCCUCGCCUACGGCCUGCCCAAGCUGAACAAGAGCGCCGUGCUCGUCACCUGCCGCAAGGAGGAGCACGCCAGGGCCAUGGUGCGCACCGGCCGCGUCUUCCACCCGCCGCUCCUCGCCGUCGCCGACGCCUGGAAGCUCUUCGAACGCGAGUACCUGCAGGAGGCCGAGAAGAAACAAGUCGGGUACAACGUCAAGGACGACGUGCUGUACAAUGAUCUCAAGGUGGUGCAGGAGGAGAUGGUCGGCAAGUGCCUCGGCCUGCCGGUGGCCAUCCUCGAGGCCGCCAAGGGCUUCGCCCAGUACUGCACCUACGUUGAUGACGACGAUGCCAAAACUACUCAACCCACUACUGCUAAAGGUGCCGACGCCGGCGACCCUGCUCAUGCUGCCGCCUAGAUCCACUCUCAUCCAUCCAAACACUAUACUUAUACAUAUAUUCCGUAAUUUAAUGUUUUGCUGCACACGCAUGCUACUCUCGCAAUGCCAUAUAUAUCGUCCAUCAUUUUUCUUCCUAAUAUAAUGAAUGUAAGGUACACAUCGAGUUUUCUUGUUGUAUUUAAUUUGUGUCUGUGUACUCCUACGUACUUCUACAGAUUUUUCACCAUCAAAUCCACACAAACAUUAGUGCA